GUUAAAAUAGAUGGUAGAGAUGUGCGUGAUUUAAACAUUGGAUGGCUACGAGAUCACAUUGGAGUUGUUGGGCAGGAACCUGUUUUGUUUGCCACCACAAUAGCAGAAAAUGUUCGUCAUGGCUUUCCACAGUCAACCACAGAAGAUAUAGAAAGAGCUGUAAAAUCUGCAAAUGCUUAUGACUUUAUAAAUAAACUUCCCAAGAAAUAUGAAACCCUUGUUGGUGAACGAGGUACCCAACUCAGUGGAGGGCAGAAACAACGAAUUGCUAUUGCCAGAGCUCUGGUUCGAAACCCCAAAAUUCUACUGUUGGAUGAAGCCACCUCAGCUUUAGAUACUGAAAGUGAAUCAAUUGUUCAAGCUGCUCUUGACAAGGUAAGUUUACUAAGCACCUUAGCCAUAUCAUCGUUGGUUUUCUCACAGCAAAUGGACAUAGAUGAUUUUGGUGCAACCAGCAAACCAGUGAAGCCACAAUCUCUAGAGAGGCAAUUUAGUGCCCUGAGUUCUACAUCAAUUGCUUCAGAGGAAGCGGUAACAGCUUUUGGCCGCACUGCUUCUUUUAAACAGAGUAUCAAUAAUGCCAAUAUGCGGAAGGAUUCUAUAGAGGAAAAAGAGAAAAGUAACCCUUCACAAACAAGAUUAAUGAAAAUGACUGCUCCUGAGUGGCCAUAUAUCCUCACUGGCUGCAUCUCUUCUCUUCUUAUGGGGUUGUCAAUUCCUGUCUUUGCGAUCAUAUUUGGAGAAAUUCUUCAGACACUCUCAAAUCCUGACCUGGAUGAAGUAAGAAAAGAAUCUACUUUUUAUUCACUGCUCUUUUUGGCAAUGGGUGGAGCCAGUGGAAUAGCUUCUUUCCUCCAGUCUUUUAUGUUUGGGAUUGCUGGAGAAAGACUGACUCUCAGAAUCAGGAAGCUGUGUUUCACUACUAUGCUUAAAAUGGAUAUUGGUUGGUUUGAUAGCACCAAGAACAAUACAGGGGCACUAUGUGCCAGGUUGUCAUCAGAUGCUGCCAGUGUGCAAGGUGCUACAGGUUCACGCAUGUCCAACCUUUUUCAAGCUUUCUCUACUUUAGUAGCAGGUUUAACCAUUAGUUUCUAUUAUAAUUGGAAACUUGGCCUGGUGCUCUUGUGUUUUGUUCCUCUUGUUCUCUUAGCUACGUACUUUGAAAGCAGAAUGAUCAGUGGCCAAUUGCUGAGUGAAAAGUCUGCAGGAGAGGAAGCCACCAAGAUCGCUAUCGAAGCUAUUGAAAAUAUUCGAACAGUAGCAUCUCUCCAUGCUGAAAAUACAUUUUAUUCUAAUUACUUAAAAGAACUCACUGGUCCCCAUAAAUCAUCCAGAAAAAGAUCUCAUCUGAGGGGAUUGACAUUUGGGUUUUCUCAGAGUCUUCCUUCAUUUGCAUAUGCAGCAGCCAUGUAUUAUGGAGGUAUUCUAAUUAGUGAACAAAGUUUGGAGUAUGGGGAUCUGUUCAAGGUGCUUGAAGCUGUAAUUCUUGGAACAGCUAUUGUAGGUCAAGCUGUAGCCUUUGCACCAGAUUAUCAGAAAGCCAAACUGUCUGCUGUUCGCAUUUUCAAACUACUUGAUACUCCUACUAAAAUUGAUUCUUUUUCCAAAAGUGGUUUAAAAGUGUCCCCUUCUGCUGCUGGAGCUGUGGAAUUUAGAAGCGCAGAGUUCAGUUACCCAACUCGACCUGAGAUCAAAGUCCUCCGGAACUUGAACCUUGAGGUGGAACCUGGAGUAACUGUUGCCUUGGUUGGUAGCAGUGGUUGUGGCAAAAGCACCUGUAUACAACUGUUAGAGAGAUUCUAUGAUUGCUGUAAAGGCUCUGUGAUGUUGGAUACAACAGAUGUUAAAGAACUUAAUGUUGCAGCAUUGCGGUCACACAUUGGUAUUGUUUCUCAAGAACCUGUCCUUUUUAGUUAUAGUAUUAGAGAAAACAUUUGUUAUGGGGAUAAUUGCCGAGAAGUCACCAUGGAUGAGAUCAUCUCUGCAGCUCGCAAAGCAAACAUUCAUGAAUUUAUCAAGUCUCUUCCAGCUGGUUAUGAGACAAGUAUUGGGGAUAGAGGAUCACAGCUAAGUGGUGGUCAAAAGCAGAGAGUUGCAAUUGCUAGAGCACUUGUACGAAAUCCAAAACUAUUGUUGCUUGAUGAAGCUACAUCAGCUCUUGAUGCUGAAAGUGAAAAAAUUGUCCAAGAAGCUUUAGACAAAGCUCGAGAAGGGAGAACGUGUAUCAUAAUUGCCCACAGGUUAUCCACAAUUCAGAAUGCUGACCAAAUCUUUGUUAUUCACCAUGGAAGAGUUGUUGAAAAAGGAAAGCAUAGUGAACUUCUUACCAAACGUGGUCUUUACUACAAGUUACACACUGCCCAAGUUGAGAAAACAGACUGAAUUUGCUGAAUGUAAGAGCUAUUCUGAAAAUUUCAUUUGGUUCAGCCUUUGAAAUUUCUGAAGUGUUUAUUUAAAGGUACCUUUAUUGACAACUAAUCAUUAUGCAAAUGUUAUACAUGUAUGUGGCACAGAUGACGUGGGAGUGAUAGAUGAGUUUAUUCUUUUUUUUGCACUUCACCCAUGUCUCUGACAAGUUUCAUGAUAGUAUUAAUAUCAACCAUUUUUUCACUCUUUUAUAAAAUUAAACACUGAUAAUGCUUGAAAUAUGUUAGUAGAACUAGUGUUUGUUUUAAGCUGUUUAUUUUUCUCUAUGUAAUGUAUUUAAUAUUUCAUUCAUUCCUGUUUCCAAUAAAGUUUUUAUGCAUUUCUGUGUUUUAAAAAAACAAAUAUUGGAUUGGGUGAUCAAACUAUUUGUCUUUAAAUGUCUAGUAAUUAAUAGCUAUGAUAAUCCAGUUUGUCUUCUGUAUCAAACCACAAAUUUAUAUUAAAGUAUGACACACUUUUAAAAAAAGAAUCCUAAAUAUUUUGUUUCUGUGUUCAUUUUAAAUUAGUUGAUUUCAGAUUUAAUAUGUUUUAUGUGUUUACGCAUCAGGUUUAGGAUCAGUAAACUUACAAAAAAAUGUAGUUGAAUUUAUGCACCUCAGAUGAAGUAUGUUUUCUCAGGUAGUUGCAGUAUUUUGCAGGAAGUUUGUAUAAGUAUUUUAUUAUUUAUACAAUUAAUUCUUUAUUGUUGUUUAUGAAAAAUCUUUUUCAUUAUAUAGGUUUAUAUGUAUAUCAGUUGAAGACAAAAUACUUCAUUAAUUUACAGUAAUCAGCUACAUAAGAAGAAAUAUCUAAAACAAUUAAAUUUUGUUAUAUCUUAUAUAUAAAAUACAGUGAAGAAUCUAAUACAGUAAUUUUAUUUUUAUUUGCUGUUAAAAGUAGCAUCCACUGAGAUGAAAGAUAAUUAUAAUUUUGUUGGAUACUGUGAUGAAAUAAAAAUUAUUAUUCAUAUUCUUCCUGUUUACUUACAGGAAAAACAUAAAGAUUUACUCCUGAUUCAUUUUUAUUUUUACAGUGCACUGAUGCUUGUUAACUGCAAGGAUCAAACAUGUAUUUUUUUUAAAACAAUGUAAUUAGUGAAGAAAAUAAUGAUUCACUGAAUAAUACCUAUGACAGUUUUAUCAAGUUUUUAUUAUGAUUUAUUAUUGUUUAGUAGGAAAUAUUGCAAUCACAUAUAUUGGUGUCGUGUGUUAUUUUUCUUAUUAAAAAUGGGAUAGAUUAGAACUAGGUCAGAGUUGUAUUAUGUGAAGUACAUGUAAUUAUAGUUAAAUUGAGCUAUUUAGUUAUUGCAAAUUAUAUUUGUAUUGUUAAUCGUUAUAUACCUGUACUCUUUCCUUACAGCUGUAUAAUUUUUAAUGUUAUGUUUGAUUGGAGUUGAAUACAGGUAGUUUGUUAGAUUAAAUUUCUGGUACACAUAGUUUUCUACUGUUUAAUAUCAUAUAAGCUUUAUACCUUGUAAUUGAUGUGAUCUACAUUGACUGCAGACAGAAUAUCUACUUGAAUUAACUUGCAUCUAUGGGUACUCUUAAUACAGCUUAUUGGCCUUAUUUGUAUAAUGGUUGUAUAAUUAUUUUUUAUGUUUUUUCAGUUACAGUGACACCUCACUAUCUUUAGACCUAUUAGAUUUCUUUUUAUAUAAAUUUUGAAGCAUUUCCACAAUUUGAUUAGUUUUUGGCCAUAGAUGAGGGUUUUCUGUUUAACGAUUAUGAUAUGUAUUUCUGUUGAAAUUGCUCAAAAAAUAUAUUUGGAGAAGAGAUAAAAAUAACUUAAGAUUUGAUUCUAGGAAAUAUUUCAAAAUAUAUUUAUUUCAUUGUUUUGUUGGUUUUAUAAAAGUUUCUAUGAAAUUCAUUAGCUUUAUAAGAGUUUAAACCUUUUAUUUGCUAAUCUAUUUUAAAUCCAAAAGUUUAAUAUCAUACUGUUAAUAUCUGAUGUGUUUAAUCACAUAAUGUGCUAUAGGUUAAGGAGUGUAUAUGUCUGCUUCUUGUCAGAUGUUGAUCAUAAAGAAUUGGUAACUGAGAGAUUUUGUCAAAGUACAUCAAGUACUUCUUCAUAAUGUUUUGUUAUAAGUUAUGAAUACAAUUCAAACUUUGAAGAAAUACAAACUUUUAUUAUCUAUAAUGUGAAAUGCUUGAAUUAGUAAGUAAAAUAUAACCAAGAGUUUAUGUAAGAGUAUCUCUAGUAAUUGUUUAAACUAUAUAUUUUUAACAAUUAUCUACUAAAAUAUGACAUUUCAAGGUUGUGAAUUAAGUAGAAAUGAUAUUGUGAUUCCAUCGCCUGAAAUUUAAAAAUGUAAACAAAUUCACACUAUUCACAUCUGUUGACAAAUGAUACAGGACAGAUUAAAGUUACCUAGAAGGAUCUAAUAAAAUAUAUUUCAUAAGAGAAGUGAAAUUGCCUGAAUGGAAAGAAAAGAAAGCGUGAUAAAGUGUGUAUUUUGCAAAC